AUGUUACGUCACAUGUCAAUAGGAAAAUCAGCAGAUGGCAGGGAUAUUUCCAUGGUCAAUAUUAACUUAGAUUCAAGUUUUCGCAAGCCAAAGGUGAUAGUAGAGGGAGGAAUUCAUGGACAAGAAUGGGCUGCAGUGGUAUUUGUGACUUACUUAAUCAACGAAUUAGCGCAAGCUGACACGUCGGAAGACUAUGAAUGGAAGAAAUUAGCGAAUACCUACGAUUGGUAUUUGAUACCAGUACUCAAUCCUGAUGGAUAUGAGUAUACGCAUAAACAGGAUCGCCUAUGGAGAAAGAAUAGGAACCAAAACGCUUCAGUGGAUUUGAAUCGAAAUUUUGACGAAAGUUUUGGAAAAUAUGGAUCCAGUCCAGAGCCAAGCAGCGACAGUUACUGCGGACCAUACCCUUUUUCGGAGCCAGAGACUAAGGCACUAUCAUCUUUCAUCUUGCCUAUUCGCAAAGAAGUGAAAUAUUACUUCGCUAUUCACGCUUAUGGGCAGAGGAUUAUUAUUCCGUAUGAGGACAGAAUACAGCACUUGGACAAUUUUGGAGAAAUGGAGAAUUACAGCCGACAAGCGAUACGGAAAAUGUACUUACGAACCCAAGUUAAAUUUUGCACUGGAACUGUGUAUGAUACUAUGGGUAUAAGAAUGUCAGGAACUAGCGCGAGUUGGGUGAAAAAACAAAUGAAAGUUAAGUGCACUUACUCGUCCUCACCCAUCUUGACCCAGUGGAACGGAGAACCGAUACGACCGGAGAUGAGUUCAGAUGAUGUGUCUGGCCGAUGA